GAAGUCAACACAGUUGUAAGAUUUUCGUUGGGGCGAACACAAGACAAAAACAAACGGUAAAUUGUCUCAUUGCAGCGUUUCGGCCCCUUUCGAGACCUUAUGGCUUCCAGUUCCAGCAUAGACAUAGAAGGGGCGACUCAGCACCUCAGAGACAUCUUAAAACUGGAUCGACCUGCAAACGCCGCCGACAGCACUGCAGGUGAAAGCCAGCGUAAGACCUCGUGUAAUGGAGAGCUAAACGGCCUGCUGGGAACAGACCUUAUUGGAGCAGGAGUUCGAAGUCCUAUGAUGGAAACAUCUACUCACAGCUCUGACAGUAUGAAUAUGGGAAUCCCUCAGACAAUUUGCCUGACUGGUGACGAUGCAUCCACCUGUAUUCCCAUCACAGCUAGCAAUGUGGUAAUAGUAGCUAGUCGAGACUCUAGUAUCGACAGUAAAGCUCGUGGGAGUAACAAGGUUAAAAUCCAACCAGUGGCAAAGUAUGACUGGGAGCACAAGUAUUACUACGGGAACCUCAUAGCAGUGUCCAAUGCAUACUUGGCGUAUGCCAUUAGAGGUGCCAAUAACCAAUAUAUGAUACGGGUCCUGCGGUUGGGCUCGACAGAACGUACGCUGCUGAAGGGUUUCACCGGGGCUGUUACAGACCUGGCCUUCGCUCAUCUGGACUCUACCUUGCUGGGUUGCGUGGAUGAAGUUGGCAACAUGUUCAUUUGGCAGCUUACCAGCCAGAACAGCAAAAUACAAGAAGAAAUGAUUGUACACAUCCGAAGACCUGAAGACACACCGCUGAACUCCAACCGCAGACUCAUCUGGUGCCCCUUCAUUCCUGAGGAUAAUGAUGAGAACCCAGAGGAUGGCUGCCAGACACUGGCAUUGCUGCAUGAAGAUAGGGCUGAGGUUUGGGACCUUGAAAUCCUGAGUUCAAGCAACACCACAUGGCCUGUAGACGCUACAGAGAUUAAAGAGGGCUUCAUCGCCAUUAAGGGACACACAGCGCGUAUCAGUGAGGGAGCUCUGUCUCCAGAUGGCACUGUCCUCGCCACAGCCAGUCACGAUGGUUAUGUCAAAUUCUGGCAGAUCUACAUUGAAGGACAAGACCAACCAAGAUGUCUUCAUGAGUGGCAGCCACAUAAUGGACGGCCUCUCUCUUGCCUCCUCUUUUGUGACAACCAUAAGAAACAGGACCCAGAAGUUCCAUUCUGGCGAUUCUUAAUCACAGGAGCAGAUCAGAACCAGGAACUGAAGAUGUGGUGCACAGUAUCAUGGACCUGUCUACAGACUAUCAAGUUUAAUCCUGACCCAGUGAACUCGAGUGUUCUGCCAAGCCUGAAAGCAAGUAUGGAUCUGUCUGCUGAGUGCCUCAUCUUAACAGAUGUGCAAAGGAAGGUUCUGUAUGUGAUGGAGCUUCUCCAAGAUCAGGAGAAGGGCCAUGCCAGCUUUAGGGCUGUGUCUGAGUUCUUGCUCACACACCCUGUUCUAAGCUUUGGUGUCCAGGAUGUCAGUCGUGCUCGUUUGCGCCACACCGAAGUCCUCCCACCAGAAGAAGAGAGUGAAAGCAUGACCACUGAUGGAAACCACGGAACUUUGGAGUCAAAAUCAGGAAUCCAGAUCAAGCUUUACUGUGUGCAUACAAAGUCCCUUCAGGAUGUGCAGAUCUGGUUCCAGCCCAACCAGGGUGCUGCUGCCUCCCUGUUUAUGCCUGGUUGCUCUGACUCCCAGGAUGGCUUUGGCAUAACUACAGGUUUUGCAGAUGCUUUAAAUGAAUUGAGCAUGGAGAUGUUGAGUUCGGAUAAGGAAUCUGGAGCAAGUGGUUCCCAGACUGACCUGUGUAAGAUCCCAUCUCUCCCAGCUCCAGCUGACUUCCUGAGCCCCUCCGGCUCAACCAUGCCCAAACUUAUGACCCCGGAUGCCUUCAUGACGCCCAGCGCAUCUGUACCAGCCUCUCCUGGCAGCAGUGCUAGCAGUUUGACUAUAGUAACGGCCAUGAGCAGCUCAGACAGUGGCCCAAGGGCUGCAGAAGACCUUGCCCAGAGCCCCAAGUUGUGUACAGAUGCAGCCAGCAGCAGCUUAAACCUCAGUGCCAGUGCUAGCAGCCCAAGAGCCAGUUCAAUCCUCAUACCAGGCCUGGGCGAGAACAUCCAGAUGCUGCCGUCUUCAAACCCCUCCAUGUCUUUGGACCUCCAGGCCAUGGAACCUGUGCUGCUGCCCCAGGCAUCCCCCACUAGAGCUCGCUCCCCUGAUGUGAUCUCUUCGGCCUCCACGGCCAUGUCGCAGGACAUCAUCCCUGAGAUUGCCUCUGAAACGUUGCCAAGGGGCUUGUCUGAGGCUCGAGACCCACUCCAGGGCCUUCAGGAUAGCAUGGCAUCAGCAGCCUCAGCGCUGCACCUGCUUUCACCACUGGAACUGAGUGGAGGAGGUUCUGGUGAAGGCGAGCAAAGGCUCAGCAGCACUCCCUCAUUGCUGGAAACGGCGCUGUCGCAGGAAAACGCCGUUAACGUGGUUGCCUCAUCUUGUUCCGAAAGUGGUGCCAGCCGCAGCUGGCCUGCAGCACCUGAUAUCACACGUGAAACAAGGAACAGCCUGAGAGAUAAUGGUCUGGGAGAAUGCUCUAGAGAGGACUUGAAGGACAUGCACUUGUCAUCAUCCCCCUUCCAUAGACGGACCUACCACCUAACACAGAAUGACAGUCAGGAUGCCAGUGCAGAACAGAGUGACCAUGAUGAUGAGGUGGCCAGUCUGGCAUCAUCUUCAGGAAACUGUGGCUCUCGAGCCUCGCACAGGCUGCCAGUGAAGGACUGGAAGACCUCACCACGUGGCUCGCCCAAACUAAAGCGCAAGAGCAAGAAGGAUGAGGGUGAUUCCUCACAGUCCAGGCAUGUGGAUAAUCAGAUGAAUAUGGAGGUACAGGAGGAGCUGCUGUUGCUGCUUAGGAACCAACAGAGGGAGCUGGAUGAGCUGCGGCAGAGGCUCACAGGCCACAUGGAUGCUGUCCAGAGCUCCAUCAUGGCCCACGUAGAGCACGUUCUGCUUACACAACAGGAACAGGGACAAAGAACAAUGGAGCGUGUGUUGGCAGAGGGACACGCACGUAACCAGCAGCUUCAGGAGCACAUGGCACAGCAGCUGGCUCAUACUUUGGGCACCACUGUCUCAAAUCGUCUGGAUAAAGUGUUGCGUGAGGAGAUGAAAAAAACAGUUCCUCAGACCAUAACGAAGAGUCUGGAACCUAUGACAGGACAGAUGAGUAACCUUAUUGCAGCAAAGCUUACUGCAGUGGAGGCCACGCUGAAGGAGAAUGUCACCAAAGUUGUUAAAUCUAAGAACACUACUGAUGCCAUUGGCCGAGCCGCAGCUGAAGCCAUGCAGGGUCCUAUCCAGGCAGCCUACAAAGACGCUUUCCAAAGCAUUGUUCUCCCUGUGUUCGAGCGUGGCUGCCAGUCCAUGUUUCAGCAGAUAAAUGACAGCUUUAAACAGGGAACCAAUGAGUACAUUCAGCAGCUGGAGACCCAUGUUAAGAACAGGAAGCAGCGUGAGCAAGAUGCCCGAGACCCUGUAAUUGGUCAACUGCAGCAGAUGAUUGAUUCAUUGCAGACUUCCCAAGACCAGCUGGCCACCACAGUAGCAGCCAGUGUGCGCUCUGAGGUUCAGCACCAACUCCACUUGAUUGUGGGAAAUCUGCAGGAUUCGAUCCUUAGCCAGGUACAACGCAUUGUGAAGGGUGAGGUGAGCCAGGCCAUGAAAGAGCAGCAGGCGGUCGUCACGUCCAGUAUCAUGCAGGCUAUGCGGUCAGCAGCCAGCACACCCGUCCCCACCGCCCACCUCGACUUCCAGGCACAGCAAGCCAGCAUCCUGCAGCUGCUGCAACAGGGCCAGCUCAAUGAGGCUUUCCAGCAGGCUUUGUCUGCAGCUGAUCUGAAUCUGGUACUAUAUGUAUGCGAGACCGUGGACUCUCAGCAGGUGUUUGGCCAGAGCCCUUGCCCCCUGCAUCAGGCCGUGCUGCUCUCACUCAUCCAGCAACUCUCCACCAACCUUGUUACACGUACCGACCUCAAGAUCAGCUAUCUGGAUGAUGCGGUGAUGAACCUAGAUCAUGGUGACCCAGUCACCAGGGACCACAUGAGUGCCGUGCUGUCACAAGUGCGUCAGAGGCUGCUCCAGUUCCUGCAACAGGACCCUCACAGCUCCCUCAGCAAGCGUGCCCGCCGCCUCCUGAUGAUGCUGCAGGGUCUUGUUAACCACUAACACACUCCACUCAACCAUCUGCAGUCUUAUUGACUCUUCCGCGCUAACUCACCCACCACCCUCCCCCCCACCCCCCGGCUUGCCUGUACAUAUCACUAUGCCCUGCUCAGCAGCACAAAUGAUUCUCAGCGGGUUGCAUGAUGGGAAUUGUAGUCCAGACAGAGACUCUGUAAUUUCCUUUGCAACAGCACUACAUUUCCCAUCAUGCCCUCUGAGAAAUAUUACAUAUAGUAUGUGAAAUUCUUGAGCCAUUGUUGCUGUUUGGUCUUUUAUUGUUUCUGAUAAUAAGGAAAUAAUUUGGACAGCUUUUGUCCUGUCGUUCUUGCAAUGUGAGACUCGACCUCUGAUUUUGUGUUAAAGAAACUUGUAAUUUCAUAAUCAGUCAAUAGUUAUAGUUUUCAGGAGAAGCUACUACUUCUGAAUAUUACCAACGUCGAACUGCUGGACUCAUAAUUAAUGCAACCCAUGCAUCGUGCAUCUGAUUGGUCUACAGAUGGUUUCUGAAAGUUCACAUCCAUCACAUUUAAAGGACUUAGUAUGCCAAAAAGGGAGUACUUAGUUUGGUUUAUGUAUGAGCUCUCAGUUGUUACACUGACAGUUUUGACUUUAUAAAAGUAUAGUGCCCCUGUUAGGGCUCCAGGGGGCAGGAAUUUAUAUGGUUUCCUUGUGCAUUUAUACCCAUCUGCUUAUUUGCUUGUCAUUUGUAUGUUUGUUUUCCCUCCUCAAUCAUGUCCAGAAGCACCAUUCCCUUCACUUCUAUCUUAAAUUUAGUUCUGCCCACUUUUGCUUGAAAAUUGUUGUGCAAGCUGGUUGAAACCAGAAGCUUGGUUAUGUUCUGCUCAGUCUGAAACAAAACAAAGAAUUGAGAUAAAUCUAAAAUUUGGGCAAAAAUACAGUGUCAGAUUGUACAGAAAUUUGAUGAUGUUCUCAUUAGAGCAAGGACACGUUUACAGAAAGUGCCUUAUUAGACAUGGCUAAUCUGCUUCUGGAUCCCCACCAGAUGGCCUGUAUAGCUUUUUGUGUGAGCUGAAUGUCUGCUCCUUAAACGUUUACCUUUUUUGCCAUUGGGGAGGGAUAGAAAUGCAUAUGGGCACCAGAUGGGUUAUUGAUAUAUUUUGUUAAAUAUACUCUAAGAAGUUGGUAGUAGUUAGGUUUUUCCCUGAAUCUGAAAAUUUUUUUAGGUAACCGAUGUGCAAAAGAAACAUUCUAAUAGGAUGACUUGAUGGGGCAUAUUUACAAAUACACAGCAGACAGUAGACCUUUUAUUUUUGAUUAGGAGGUUGCAGGUUUUUCUUUUCUUUUUUGUUUAUUUGCCAUUCAGGGCCCUCAUUAUUGUAACUAGAUCUCUAAGUACAUAAGUCACCAUAGUUAAUUGCUGUUAACACCAUUUCUCCCUAACAGCUCUGGGGAGAAACAAAUGGGGAUACGCUAAGCUAAAAAAAAACUUGCAUGCUGCUUAGAAAAGCUGCGUGUAUAUUCGGUAUAAGAUGCCUGUUCAAGCUUGCUAAUUCCCAUCAGUGUUGGGUGUCUGAUAUGCCAGCACCCAAAUACCUAUAUUAAUCUCAUUUGAUACUCCCACCCCAUCCCCAUUAAAUUUGUUCAUAUAUGUAGCUUUUUUUUCAUUUCUUCAACAGGUGCUCUGUGCUUGAGUAGUUUGUUUCAGUGUAAGUUUUCAGCUACAACUAAACUAAUCUUUAUCUUGUACCGCAGUUGUAGGCAGGUGCAUAAACAAAUAGUUUUGAUAUUCUUGAGUACUGUUUGAGUUGAAUACUGAUCAGGGUUAUGCAUCAGAAUCAUACAGACAUGAAUGUUAGAACCUUGCACAUAAAUGCUCUGUUAAAUAACUUGUUUUUUCCAAGUUUGCAUUUAAGAUCUAGCUUAUUUCAUUUUUGACAAAUAUCGAUCAUUUAUAAAGUUGUUUUUUCCCCAGUUGUUUUGGAUUGUGUUUUUUUUGUGCUUGAUUUUUGUUGUAUAUUUUACAUCUACUUCUUUUACCCUAGAUGUUUUGGAAUAAAAAACAAAAUACUUUGUUCAGUUA